UUGUUGUCCAAAGCCGAUAGCUCUGGCCUCUACCUGGAGUUUCCCCCCACCCCCACCCCCCAAAAAAAAAAUCUUCAGGAGGGAAUCAAGAUGGAAAUAAAGGAAAAGUUCAAUUUGGCCCGAGUGCCCUCCAUCCUUAUUCUGGGGGUGGUUUAUGUGGCCUAUGUACUCAUUGGCGGGGUGGUAUUUUGGAAGUUGGAGGGGGAUCUCGGGGAGAAGGACAUCAGUCUCUUAUUGAUGAACAAAGAGAAGCUGUUGUCGACGUACACGUGUCUGGACCAAGAUGGCCUUGAGGAGGCGGCACAGGUUAUUCGAGAUGCUUCUAAAGUGGGCCUGAGUUUGAAAGGCAACGGCACCACAGACGGAUUUUGGAAAUUCACCAGCUCGGCUGUGUUUGCCGCCACUGUGGUCACAACCAUAGGUUAUGGAAACAUGAGUCCCAGCUCUACUACUGGUCAGAUCUUCUGCGUGUUCUUCGCCCUAUUUGGCAUCCCACUCAAUAUGGUGGUGCUCAACAGGGUGGGCAAGUACAUGGUCGUCAUUGAACGGAAGACCUCCGACUUCCUCGAGAGGAAGACUGGCAAACGGAGUUGCUCACGCUUCUUCGUCCACUCGGUGUCUUACCUGUCCGGAGCCCUCUUCUUCUUCAUUGUUCCCAUGCUGGUGUUCCAGCUUCAUGAAGGUUGGACCUACUCACAGGCCAUCUACUAUUGCUUCAUCACGCUCAGCACCAUCGGCUUUGGAGACUUUGUGGCUGACAGUAACCCAGAUCACGUGUACCCACAGUGGUACAGCGUCCUCAUGGCCUCCUGGAUAUUCUUCGGCCUGGCCUGGUUGGCGCUCAUCAUCAACCACUCCAUUGAUAUCCUGGAGAAGCUCAACAGUCUCGUGAAACAGUGGUGGGGGGGUGACAAACAGGAGGCACGGGAGAGCCGCAACCGCGGCACAGAGCUGAAGGAGCAAGAUCAGGUCAAGCAGCCACCUUUAACUUAGUAAAAUAGAAAACAAGUGGACUUCCUUACUCAUAAGGACAUGAUGUGUGUGCACGCAUAUCGAUUGUGUUCAUAAAUAGGUUGUGGCCUCUGAGCUAAGGACUGUGUUUACACUCACUUUGAAGCUCAUACAUUAUCCAUUUCUUUCUUCUACGCCAUUUCAAAGAUGGCAGUAAUGGAAUUAUACUUUUUGCUUGGAACCACCCUUAUCUGGUGGAAAUUUAGUUGAUUUGUGCUAUUAUUUUAAAUUUGUUUGAAAUUUGAAAAAUGUUGA